UAUUCAUGGAAAAAAAUUGGGAAGCAGUGAAGAAAUACUACACGGAGAGAGAUAGCGCAUACCUGGAUUCUUCUCUAACAGUCACCAAGGACACUGCACUUCAUAUUGCUGUUUUCAGCAAAAACAAGGAAUUGUUGGAGUUUUUAAUAAAGCAUGGGAGAUGGAGAGGAGAGAAGAGGGAAGGUGGCUGGAAUAUAUGGGGAAACACACCACUUCAUGGAGCGGCAGCAACUGGAGAUAUAGAAAUGGCACGAAUCUUAUUGGAAUUGGACAAAAGCCAACUUGGCCAUAAAAACAAUAUUGGUGAAACUCCUUUGUUUAUAGCCGCUGAAUUUGGCAGGACAGAAAUGGUUAAGUUUUUGGUUAGGAAUGUUAUUGAAGAGAUUAACAGGGAAAGCGGCAUGAUGAAAAAGCACCGCAGGCGAAAAGAUUCCACAUCCAUUCUUCAUAUAGCUAUCCUUGGCAUCCACUUUGAUACAGCUUUGGAGUUAUUAAAAUGGGAUUUUUCACUUCGAGACUUGAGGGAUGAACAUGGCACGACAUGUUUUCAACUGCUAGCUAACAUGCCGUCUGCUUUCAAGAGUGGACACCCCAUGAGCGUAUUGAAGGGGCUACUCUAUCUUUGCCUUCCAGAUGAUGAUGGCCUUCACGAUGACAAAGAUAAUGAAACUUUGAUUACUUCAAGAGGAAGAGCAGAUCUUGAGCUUGGCAGUGGCUGGAGUACUCGUCCCCGCCAAUUUUGCUACUUAAGUGAUUGUAUAGCCAUGUCAAGGAUAUACUAUACUGUUUGGUGUUGCAUAGCUCAAGGAUUUUCAACAGUUAGAAGACUUUGGGACAUAAAAAUACAGCAAAAGAGAGUGCUGAGGCUUGCUACAAUUCUAGCUCAAACAGACAAGUCAUGGUUGGGUACAAUCGAGGACAAAGAGGAAGCAAAAGAAGAUGGGCUGCAUUCCCGUCCUACUUUAUCUUCUGAGACUCCACUAAUUUCAGCAGCAAGAAAUGGGAUCACAGAGAUUGUAGAGGUUAUUCUCAAACGGUUUCCUCAGGCAAUUGAGCAUAGAAAUGACCGACUUGAGAACAUACUUCACAUUGCAGCAAGAUAUCGAAGGAAAGAAAUCUUGGAUCUUCUACAAUAUUUGCAUGUUCCAACGCUGAGGCUUAAGAGGUUGAUCAAUGUCGAUCUUGAAACCAUUUUGCAUCAAGCUGCAUACUUGGGUGAGCAUCGGUUGAGGGAUAGGCCUGGGGAAGCCCUCCGCAUGCAGUCAGAGAUUCAAUGGUUCAAGCGAGUGCAGAAACUUGUACCUCCACAUUUCAUCAAAAACCGAAAUGUUAAAGGUCAGACUGCUGAAGAAUUGUUCACCAUCCAACAUAAGAAACUGGUGGAAGAUGGCCAAGAAUGGCUAAUGCGAACAGCAAAGGCAUGCACUAUAGUUGCUGUCCUAAUAGCCACCGUUGCUUUUACCUGUGCCUACACCAUCCCUGGCGGUUCCAACUCAAGAACAGGACAUCCGUUGCUCCAAAAAGAAACUCCAUUUCGCAUUUUCACAAUCUCAGACACAGUAUCACUCUGUUUUUCACUGACUUCUGUGGUCGUGUUCCUCUCCAUUAUGACAUCGAGAAUGCAUGAAAGGGAUUUCAGGAGGUCUCUUCCAUUGAAGCUAGGCUUGGGACUGACUACAUUGUUCUUUGCCGUGGCAGCCAUGAUGGUUGCUUUUGCUGCUACAUUAGUGCUUAUGAUGCGACAGAGGCUACAUUGGGCUGCAAUUCCAAUUUACACUGUCACUUGUUGCCCAGUCACUGUUUUUAUUGCGCUUCAGUUCCCUCUCUAUCUCAACAUUGCGUGGUUUACUUUUAGUGAUGUGCUACAGAGUCUCAGUGACUCUCUUCCUCUUGGGAAAUGUGAGAUUUUGAGGUCUGUGGAGUAGCACUUGGGAUGAUUAUAUAGCUAUCUAGGCUAUGCCUAAAAUGUCUUGUUUUUGAAUAAGUUGACCAACACAACUUUUUUCACAACUUACUUGAAUGA